CUACAUCCAAGCCUGCACACAUAGCAUAUCGAGCUAGGGAAACGCCGCGUUAUAGUAGUGGAGCACUGCCAGUUCGUGCAAACCGAGGAGCCAUGGCGCUCCUCCUCGAGCCUUGGAUCUUGAGCCUUGUCUUGAACCUUGGACCUCGCCACUAAAUCGGACUUCUGCACCACGACCUUUCUAGGAUGCAGCGGGCGUAAGCCCGCAAUUGCCACUAAGGGCAAUUACCUAUCGUUCGUGGGAUCACCAAUCGGUUUCGCACCAAUCUUUCGCCUUUUGCAUAAUUGGGCUUUUAUCCGGAUUCGUACCCGGGUCCCUUCUGCCGUAAGGACGAGUCAAAUCGCUAACUGAGUUAGCGAUCCGGUGAUCGCUUCCCCACGUACCUGCUGUUUCACCCCUCGCUGCGUUUGGAGCUCGAGCAGCGCUUGGAGGCGCACGUUGCCGCAAAUCCCGUGGCCAGUACAGGCCGCAGACGCGGCCGCUGCCCUGGCCGACCGGCCGGGUGCCAGCGCCGCGCAGCGUCAGGCUGCGGCCAUGGCCAACUUGGCGGUGCGGGAGGAGCGGGCAGCUGCCGCAGCGGCCAGCCACAAUGCCCACGCUGCACUGAUGGAGGAGCAUGGGGAGCGGGGCACUCGCUGGUUCCAUCGGCAGGCUGACGAGCCAGCAGCCGGCGCGCAGGAGCCCAUCACGCACUUGAAGGUGCCGGGGCAACCGGCGCCUGUGGCGCUCACGGGGCCGGGCACGCGCAACACUGUCUCCGCAGCCGCCGCAGCCAUGUACAGCAGCACCAGCCCCACCGGCCUGUUCCGCGUGCAGCCGGUCUGUACGGCGUCGCAGCAACAGCUUCUGGCGGCCAUUGACCGCAAGGCAGCGCUCGUAUCUUAUGAAGAGGGGUCCGGUGAUGGCGCCCUCAGUGAUGCCGAGCUGAUGGCAGCGCUGGCUGGCUCCGCCAAUGGUAAAGCGCCUGGGUCGGACGGGGUUCCGUACGAGGUGUACAAGGUUUUCUGGGAGCUGCUGGGUCCGCGCUUGUGUGCUGCUGCUGCCGCUGCCUUUGCUGCCGCUGCAGACGCCCACGAUGGCGGUGAAAUGGCGGCGGCGCUGCCCGCCUCCUGGCGGGAGGGCAUCAUUACGCUCAUCUACAAGGGCAAAAGCCUGGACCGCGCCGAGCUGGCGUCCUACCGGCCCAUCACGCUGCUCAACUGCGACUUCAAGAUGGUGUCCAAGGCCGUCAGCGCCCGCCUGCAGCCCGCCCUGGAUGCAGUUGUGGAUGAGCUGCAGACCGCGUUCAUCACCGGCCGCUGGAUUGGAGACAACGCGCUGUACCUCCAAGGCCUGAUCGAAUGGAUGCGCCUGGACGUGGGCGCGGACGGCACGCCACGGCAGGGUGGUGCGCUGUACUUCUUGGACAUUGAAAAGGCGUAUGACCGGGUGCACCGGCAGUGGCUGUAUGCGUCCGCGGAGGGACUUGGGUUUGGGCCGCGCAUGCUGCGCUGGAUCCGCCUGCUCACUGCCAACGGCUCUGCCCGCGUGUGUGUGAACGGGAUGCUCUCUGACGCCUUCCCAGUGCUGAACGGCUUGCCGCAGGGCAGCACCGCCUCACCACCCCUCGGCGAGCAGGCGCCACCUGCUGCCCACCAUGCUGACGACACGACCCUCACGGCGCGCGACCCGGCGGUGGACGGGCCGGUCCUGAUGGCGGCAGUACAGCUGUUCUGCCGCGCGUCCAACGCCUGUGUCCAUCCGGACAAGAGCAAGGAAUAAUAAUAAUAUCUACGCAGGGCACAGGUGCCCGCGUGUCUUAAGGAGGAGUGAGACAAGCUCACCCCACCAUCGGAAAAACUUGAUUUCCCUACCCCGGCUCCCCUGCGCGGGGGCCGCCAUUGGCGGUCCCCUGGGUGCGGCCUCCCGGGCGGCAUCGGGUGUUGGCAAUGCCCAUCUCUCGCUCUAGCCGGUAGUACAGGUUUGCGGUGCCCCGGAGUGUGGUGACGCUAUGCAUGUGGAGACGUGUGCAGCAGGCCUUGGCUGCCUGCGGUUUGGCUCCUAGGUCUUUAAGGAGAGUUUCAAGGGUACGGGGGACAGUGCCACCGUGGCCCAGUGUAAUAACGUGUUUAGUAUCGUAGUGCACAGUCCACCCUGCAGCUCGCAUGGCAGUGGCAAGGGUGGCGUGCUGUGCUUGUUUUUGAAUGAGCUUCUCGCUGUGGUGCAGGUCAGAGGUGUAUCCAACUUCAAGGAUGUACACUGGGUAGGCCCCUUUGUUGGCUGGUGGGGAUGUCAUGAAGCGUUCUGCUUCGGACCGGGGAAGGUUCGGGAUAAACAGGAUGUCAGGCCGCAUCCUGUUGAGGUCUGCAGCGGGCACUUGCGGGCAGAGCCAGGACGGCGGCCGCAUGCCCGCGCAGUACUCAGGCAGUUCAGCUCGGGAGGUGGCAUCCAUUAUCAUGUAGCCACCACCGUUGUGACCAUGGUGUAGGCAUUCGGCAAUCGUCCGCACUGCAGUGUUGUGUUUGGCUAUCCUAGCGCCAACGAGUUGGGGGUGCGCGCAGUGGCCGGCCAGGUGACCUGCGGUGCCACGCUCUGGGUCAGAUCCGCGGCUGCGCUGGGUGUGGGCACAGAGACCACAUUUGUCGCUGUCUCGUAGUUUAAACAAAGCCAGCCGGGCCGGGCAGAUGAGGCCUCCCUGACGAGCAUUCUGUAUGAACCGGCGUAGGCCGUGGCUGGCGUCCGAAUUCGUCAUGUACGCAUUACUGGCGCGUGGGUCAAGGCUGGGUGCUGCCUCGGCCCAUUUCUCAGUGUACAGGGUUUUGUUGGCGUGUCCACCACGGCAGCUGGGGGCCAUUGCCCUGGUGAGGCCCCGGUUCAGGUCCGACACGUAGUGCGUGGCUGUGCUGUCGUCGUCCCUGGUGACCGUGAAGGUCGGCCACCAGUGCCGGGCGUGCGGGUCGUUGUCGGCCGGUUCGGAUACAUCGGCGGGUUUUUCCUGGGUGGCGACGGCAGCCGCCCCUUUAUCGGCUUCCUCGUUGCCGUGUAGCCCGGUGUGCGAGAUCACUUUAAUCAGAGCGGUGGGUGCGCCCCGGGCGUGGCGUGCAUGGAGCAGUGCCACGAUUGAAUCCAGGAGGUCCCGAUGUUUACUCAGAUGCAGUCGCCGAGGCUCGUUAAUUGCUCGUUUGAUUAGGUACAAGCUUGCAACAGAAUCUGAUGCAAUAGUGAGCUUCUUGGUUGCAAAUUCUUUACCUUCGCCACCAAAUUCUGCGAGGGCAGCACGAAUUGCUGCCAGUUCAGCUCUCGUAAUAGUGUUUGUACACCCAGCGCCAUUUGGAUUCACGUAGACAACGCGAGAAUCGCUAAACCAGGCGCAGGCGCCGGCAACCUGGACUUCUUUGCCAUUGUCAGUUUUGAUUUUGCUUACCGAACCGUCUGUCCAGACAAUGCCAUUCACGUCGUGGGCCAGAGCAUGGUGGGUCUGGAAUCGCGCGUUAGGAAAGCGUCGUGCUUCGUCAGCCAUGGCGUGUAUCGUCUUUGGAUUAGCGUGCUGGUAUUUGGCUUGCUUUAGAAGUGAGUUUGGGAGGGCUGGGCAGGUUGGGGCCGUGGCCGUGUGUGUCCAUGUGCGCGGGUCGCUGAUGUGCGUGGGUGCGUUCGCCCCCCGCUUCAGUGUGUCCACGAGCCGUUUCAGGCGGGGGGCAAAGCACUGGAGUCCGGCGGGGUUCCCAACAAUGACCAGUCGGAGCCCCUUCUGGCGUUCAGCCUGGGUGUUGGUGCCAAGUCCUGUGUCAAGGCCCGCGGUGCCCACGGACCAGUUGGCCAGCUCGUGGCAGAGUGGGUGUUGAAGCCACUGCGUGUGGGGGAAAGUGGCCGCUUUGGGGAGCACCAAUACAGUAAGGGUUGGUUCCUGGCGGCAGUACAGCUGUUCUGCCGCGCGUUCCUGGUUCCUGGCGGCAGUACAGCUGUUCUGCCGCGCGUCCAACGCCCGUGUCCAUCCGGACAAGAGCAAGGCCAUGGGCCUUGGCAGGCUUGCGCACCUGACGGGCCCUUGCCCACACACGGGGGUGCCGUUUACCACUGGCGCCGUGACGCACCUGGGUGUGCCCCUGUCGUGGGACUCUGAUGCGGCUGCAGCUGACUUGUACACCCGGCGGGCUCGCGGCAUGGCGUUUGUGGCGCGUCUGUGGGCUGCCCUGUCUCUGACUCUUGUUGGCCGUGUGCACAUUGCGAAGGCGCCCAUGUGUUUUAGCUCUGGCUGGCGUCGCAGCGCCUGGGCGGCUGUGGGACUUCCUGCACAGCUCGUCUUGCAGCGGGCUGGAGCCCGCCUAGUCAGCGCCACAUCUGGCCCGUUUAGUUUUC